AUGUGCAGCCAUCGGUCCUGCUUGUCCAGAUACAGCCCUGUCACCUCGGAUCCAAUCUGUCUGCAGCCAGUACUUCCCACUGUGCGUGGCCAUUGGUUCCGGGUGGGGCGCGAUGCCUGCGCUUCUCCAGCAGAGGGCAGUGUUGUCAUGCCAGCCGGGACCCAGGGCUCCGGGAGUCCGGAGGGAGGCCCGGCCCAAGCCGACCCGGUGGCCCGGGCGGCGCGCCUCGCGCGGCCAGCCCCGCGGGGCUGCCCGCUUGCAGCUGCGCCCCUGGCUCCCAUCCCCUUAACGCUCACCGGGGGUAGACCUGUUAGCCCGUCACCUGUCUACUGGCUCGCAAGGCCUGCCUGCUGGCAGGUGCAGAGGCCUUCAGAGAGCCUGCUGGUCACACCUGCUCAGGCCGCACCUAAGUUCCGGGUGUCGGCAGUACUUCUUCGAGUGGGCCUCCAGCCAAAGCCAACGUCAGCCCUGUAUUGGGAGGGACUGGCCUUUAGAUCCUGA